GUGACUCUUCUAUUGACAAUCUCUAUAAAUAACUGCGGCUACAAUGUGCUAUUUCCAAUCCAAAGAUGUUCAAAGAAUCCAAUAACAUAGCAACAGAAGAAGCUGCUCCUGUCGGAAAUGUGGCUGUGAUUUUCGGGGUAACUGGGCUCGUCGGAAGAGAAUUAGCCAAAAAGCUCAUCUCAAACUCCAAAUGGAAAAAGGUGUAUGGUAUAGCUAGAAGAUAUGAAACUUUUCCUAUCCAAAAUCCCAAAUAUAGUUUCAUAUCAUGUGACUUACUUCUACCUCAAGAAACACAGAAGCAGCUCUCUGAUAUACAGGAUGUGACACACAUGUUUUGGGUCGCUUGGGCUGGUCAAUGUCCUCUAGACACCAAACAAUGCUGUGAUCAGAACAUGGCUAUGAUGUCCAAUGCCUUAAAUGCCAUCCUUCCGAAUAAUGAUGCGCUGAAGCAUUUCUCACUCCAGACUGGAAUGAAGCACUAUGUCUCGCUGCAGCAAGGAAAUAGCAGUAUCCCCGACAAACAAGUUCGUUUCUACGAUGAGGGUUGCCCCAGAGUAGGCGAGGCCUGUAAUUUCUACUAUGUUCUUGAGGAUUUACUAAAAGAAAGAUUAGCGGGUGAGGUGGCAUGGUCUGUGCUAAGGCCAGGAUUGUUGAUGGGAAAUUCAAAUAGGACUAUGUACAAUGUUGUGGGUAGUCUGUGUGUGUACGGAUCUAUAUGCAAGUAUUUAAAUCUGCCUUUUGUGUUUGGUGGGACAAGGGGGUGUUGGGACGAGGCGUGCAUUGAUGCAUCUGAUGCUCGGCUAGUGGCGGAACAUCACAUCUGGGCAGCUACUAAUGAUGAAAUAGGGUCAACUGAAGGUCAGGCGUUUAAUUCAAUCAACGGCUCGAGUUUCAGUUGGAAGGAGAUAUGGCCAAUGCUUGGAAAGAAAUUUGAUGCGCAAGUGCCUCAAGAUAUGUUGGUGGAGGAAUUCUGUUUUGCAAAGGAAAUGAGUGAUAAGAAGAGAGUUUGGAAAGAGAUUGUGGAGAAGGAAGGUUUAGUGGAGACAGAGAUGGAAGAUUUGGCUAAUUGGGAAUUUGUGGAUUCUUUGUUCCGAUGUCCUGUCAAACUGCUGGGAAGCAGAGCAAAAUCUGAUGGGUGGGGUUUUACAAUGAGAUGCAAGACAUUAGAUUCUAUUUUGUAUUGGAUUGAUUCCAUGAGAGAUCAAAACCUAAUCCCUUAAUCCUUUCUUCAUCAUUACCAUUAUUUCCAUUCCGAUUUUCAUUUCCAUAUCGAAUAUUUAGUCCUAAACCCAUACUAGUUGCUUUUCAAUUUCCAGUUUAUUGUUCUUGACUUGGGAAAGAGAGCCAGUUUAGAAGCUUAUGUCCAAACUCUCACUCUUAUCUUAUGGAGCAAGCCAUAGCAACUCAUGCGCUGGCUUCUCCAUCUUUUUCACUACAUUUAAGUAUUGACCAAUUUAUUUUUCA